UGCGAAGGCCGUGGGUUCGAUCCUCAGUGCUGAAAAAGAAAAAGGAAAGGAAAGGAGGACCAGGCACCCAGCUGGCGAGACACCCGCUGACUCAGUCGCGCGCGCGCGCGUGUCCCGUGCUCUCUGGGGCUCGGAGGCGGGGCCCAAGGUCUCGCCCCCGUGCGCUGAUUGGUCCCUUCGAAAGAGGCGGCGGCGCUCCGCUGCGAACCCUGAGACCCAGGAGGCGGCGGUUGGUGGGGGCGGGUCGGCGGCACAGACCCGGGGAGAAGUGGCCGUCCGGCGCCCGGGCUGCAGCCAUACGAGAGAGGUGGUAACAUCCCAUUCUUCAGAUGGGAAUACUAAGGCUCUGAGAAGUCAACUACCUCAAGGUCCUUAACUAGUAUACGCUGGGGCUGCAGUUCAAACCAGAUGUGUCUGAUACUUUCAACCACCUCAGUGUUGUUUCUAUGCGACACCGAAUCCUGGCUGGGUUCCGGGUUCCGGGUUCCGGGUGGAUGCCCUCGUUCCGACGUCUCCCCCAGAAUAGCAGUUUUGUCUUUAUAUAGAUGACCAUGCAGCCUGCAAUUCAAGUGUGGUUUGGAGAAGACCUGCCGCUAAGCCCCCGGAACCCUCUGACGCCCAGACACGGCCCGGGACUGGCUGACGUCUGUCAGUAUGACGAGUGGGUAGCGGUGAGACACGAGGCCUCGCUGCUGCCUAUGCAGGAGGAUCUGUCCAUCUGGCUCUCCGGCGUGCUGGGUUUUCAAAUUAAAGCAGAAAAAUUAUUGGAUGAACUUGACAAUGGAGUAUUGUUAUGUCAGCUGAUUGCUGUUCUUCAAAAUAUGGUGAAAACAUGCAAUUCUGAAGAAGCAGGGAAUUUUCUACUGAGAAAAGUGCCUUGUAAGAAGGAUGCCACAUCGGGCUCAUUCUUUGCCAGAGACAACACUGCAAACUUCCUGCACUGGUGCAGGAGCCUUGGGGUCGACGAGACGUACCUCUUUGAAUCUGAAGGCUUAGUUUUACACAAGGAUCCAAGACAAGUGUAUCUUUGUCUUCUUGAAAUUGGUCGCAUUGUGUCAAGAUAUGGGGUUGAGCCACCAGUAUUAGUAAAACUUGAGAAAGAAAUUGAGUUAGAAGAGACUUUGCUCAACACUUCCGGGCCUGAAGAGUCCAUCAGCAUUCCGAAAUCCUGCUGCCAGCAUGAAGAGCUGCACGAGGCUGUUACACAUAUUGCCGAAGACCCUCCCUGUAGUUGUUCUCAUCGAUUUUCUAUUGAGUACUUGUCAGAAGGGCGGUACCGACUCGGGGAUAAAAUACUCUUCAUCAGGAUGCUCCACGGGAAGCACGUCAUGGUCCGCGUCGGUGGCGGCUGGGAUACUCUUCAAGGGUUUUUGCUGAAAUACGAUCCCUGUCGAAUGUUGCAGUUCGCUACCCUGGAGCAAAAGAUUCUGGCAUUUCAGAAAGGAGUUUCCAACGGAAGUGUGCCCGAGUCCCCCGCCAGAGCGCCUCGGCCUCCGGAAAUGAACCCGCUGUCCGCGGUCGACGGGUUUCGGAACCAGAACCAGAGUCGGAAGCCCGGGGUUCCGCUCGGUGCCCCCGCGGGGACGGAGCCCGCCGCCCUCGGCAAAAGCACCGCCCCGCUCACUUUCCCGAGAAGCAGCCCUGGUCCCUCGGAGCCUCUGGGCCGAUGCGGCGCAGCCUCCAGCACGCCCAGGGCCCCUGCUCCUCUGACCCAGACUUCGAGGCCUCCGCCAAGUAAAAGUUCGGGAAAACCGGAACCGGUGUUCUUGAGACACAGUCCUGUUUCUUGCAGGAGCGAUGCACCUGCAGGUUCGUCACCCAAGUGCCUGAAGGGACCUAAAGCGAACACCCGCACAAGGCCCAAGUCUCCGUUCCAGUCCUCUGCAAAAACGACAAAACCCAGCUCCCAAGCCACAGCCAAGGGUCUAGGGACACAGUCACCGGGGGGAGCCCGGCAGGCAGGGGCGGUCCCGGCACAGAAAGUCAACUCGGCCCUGAGCACGAAACAGCCGGUUUCGGUACCCUCAGCCCGUCCCGCUGGAGCUGCGCCGGCACCGGAGAAGAGUGCGGCUUCGGGUGCCAAAAGAGCGCCCCAGAAAAAAAGCACACGCCGGGAGAUAGGCCCCGGCUCUCAGUCUCCGGGCCGCACCCCGCUGUCCACCGUGAGUGUCCCCCAGACUUCUGCCGAAGCCCGGGCCGCACCGAAGUCCGCACAGGCCGCCGCGAAGGGCCAGCACUCAGCUAAGGGGCCUCCUCCGGCCGGGGGCAGAGGCGCGGCCGCACCCAGGAAGCCUCCGCCACCCGCCACAGGCGCGGAGAGCGGAGGCAGGAAACUCAGCGCACAGAAGGAAGACGGGGACCAUUAUUUCGUCAUGACCGGCAGCAAAAAGCCUAGAAAAUAAAUCUCCGUGUGCCAUUCUCAAAGCCGGGGGAAGGAGCAGCGUGCGUUAGCUUCGCCUGCUGACUCUGGAUGAGGAGCAGUCACUGGGUGCGGCCAGGUGGAGGCGGGAGGCGCCUGUGCGGUCCGCAGGUUGCUUACUGUGCUUGGGUGACUUUCAGGCCGCAGCGCGUUUGUCAUUGCCCCCCCCCCGCUUCAGGCAAAAGUCAAAUAACACUACUGGAAUCUUCGUUACACUGCUGUAUUUCGGAAUCGGUAUUAAGUAUGGAGGUGAUGCACUUGUUCUUAAUAUUCGCUGCAUUUUAGUGAAAAGGCAACGGUUUGACCUUUGUCCUACAGAAGGCAAUGGAUUUCAUCGCUGAAUCAGAGCCGCCUGGUCCAGCGACCCUGUGUGCACCCGGGCUGCCGCUGACCUGCGUGGCGUUGAUUACUCUCGUUCGGCAGAGUUCCUGUUUCAACGUCUACGCCUUCUAAAUCAGGAGGAAGCGACUUUUUAACCUGGCUUGUAUUAAUAAUGGCAAUGUUUUGUUACAAGAUUUUUGGUAAAAAAAUUAAUUUAUUGACACAUAAGCUGAAAUAUAGUAAAAAAACAAUUAAGAUUUUCGCAUAUUAUCUGUGAAAUUUUAGACGCCUUAUACUUUUAGAUGGAUUUUGUGCAAUGUCACAGGCAAAGCCCACUUAGUAGCUUUUAGCAAGAGAAAAUAUUUUAAUUAAUUUUCUAUGAAAGCCGAUGUGAAUUUUUACAUUAAAAUAAUGUGCUCUAACAUCAGAAUUAUGUUUUAACAAUUUUAACAUUCAGAUGUAAAAGUGUUUUAAGGUGAUACUCUAUAAAAAUUCUAUCCUAUGAUUAUUUUUCUUUGAAUCACAUAAUGCCAGUUUUAAUUAGAUGCUUUUGGUUAUGUUAAUUUUCUUUAAUAAAGUCGUGCUGCCUCACUUUUCCCCGCCGGUAGACGGUGGUAUCACCUGUCUCACUGUGCAGGGGGAUUCUAACAAAACACGUCCGGGUCAUGUGAUGACUGCGUGGACCCCCACCCAUCCAAGAGGGACAAUACCUGUACAUAAUUUAUUGAAGGGACUGGGACUAUUUAAAUAUUAUUAAUGUAUCUCCAGAGGUUUAUGGGUGUUUUGAAUAACUUCACAGUGUUAUCACUUUUCACAAGUUUUAUAUUCAAUAUUGAGAUUUGUGUUUGUUUUAAACUCAGCUAUGUUUUCUAAAGAAGAAUAACAGUUUACACAAAUGUACAGAGUAAGCAUCUUAAGCUGGUUACUAAUGUUCAGUGAAGCAAAGGUAUAGUCAGGCUAGUUUUUGGUGUAAUUAAUGCAGCUCUUAAAACAGCCAUCAGACAUGGUUCAGUUCCUGUAUUGUUUUAGACACUGAAAGAAUAUUUACACCUUUGGGAAGUAAAGUCAGUGUCCAAGAGAUAACCAGGAGCCUUACUAUUUUAGAAUCAGAAAUGUUUUAAUGUACCUUUUGAGGAGGAAGAAUUUUACCUUUGCGAAGUUCAUUCUCAGAUCCACACUUCUAUAUUAUUAACUUUCAGGACUUUAAAAAAAAGGGAAAAGAAAAUGAUACUGUAGCCAGCCUAUGGAUUCAAAUAGGUUUUGUAAUGUGUGAACACUAAUUUUCAUGUUGAGAGAAAUAGAAAUAUCCCACAGGUACCUAGCACAAAUUCCAGAAUUAAAUAAAAGAAUUGUUUAGUUGAAAAAUUGGAAAUCAACUUAUAAAUGCAUUCUUCGGUAAGAAAAAAUUUUUCCAGUUAUAUUCAUGUUGGAUGAAUGUUUAUUUAUGUAUAGCUUACCUUGAUACCUUACUUUAUAAAGGUUUUAUAUGAAUAAACACUGCCUGAAAGACAAUUUCUUCAAGUAUAUUUUGCAAUCUUCCUAAAGUGCUGGUGUUUUUGAUCACUUCCACAAUUUCUAAAAUAGAUUUUACACUGUUGAAGUUGGAAUGGAAUUUCACUUCUUAAUAGUGCAAGAUUUUAUAAGCUCUUUUUUAUGUUUAAUAAAACAAGUAUUAAACUUAAAUUACUGAAAUACCUGGAAGAAGAAAUAAUGCAUGCUUUCUUAAAAAUUGAGUUUUUAUUUUUCUUACUUAUAAUUUGUUAAUGUUACUAGUACAUAAAACUUGAGGAAAAUGGAAUGCUGAUUAUUUUUGCACUAUUGAGGCUUCAAGUAGGUCUUUAAGGCUCCUGUCUUCAAAAUAGCUUGAUAAAUUAGUGACUUUGAAAUUUCCUCUCCAUACUGAUUUACAAUUCCUUUUUUUUUUUUGGUGGUGGUACCAGGGAUCAA